AUGCUCACGAGAGAAGAUUGGUGCGAAGCACCUCUUCUACUCCAAGCUUAUAGAAAAGCUUUACCAGCAGUUCGUGCUGCAUCCCACGGUGCUGAUAUGGCUGAAAUGAAACCUGUAUUCUCUCCAGUAGGAUACCUGUUUCUCCCAUGUUACUCGAAAAAUCUGCUUAUUAACAGUACAUACGAAUCAGAUAAAAUUCCUUUACGUCUGGCAUACCAGGCAAACAGUUUCAGUAGUUAUGAUUUAAACAUCGAAGCAAGUGAAGAAAUAUACUUUCUUGAUAAACCCACGGCAUUUGUCGCUGUCCAUUCCCCAUUUGUUCCAGUCAAACUACCCUACCAAGGAAAGCAACUGAAACCAGGAUAUAAAUACCAUAUAAUUAUACGAAUGGAAGAAGAUAAACUACUUCCCUCUCCCUACAAAACCAACUGCACCGAUUACGAAAUUUUGUGGAAAGAAAAUAAACGUCAAGGUCCCAGAUCUCAAGAAAUGUGCAAAGAAUUGUGCCUCCAUGACCGGUUUGAACCAAACAAGAAUAUAUCGUUACCAUUUCAUAUGCUCGAAUACCCUCUAGAAUUGUGCUUUGGUGCGAAAUGUAUGACUUCUUCAAAAGACGAGGAAAUCCUAGAGAGAUGCAAAAGGGAUUGCAAACCAUCUUGCAGAAAUCUGAAGUACACCUUUACUAUACACGAAACUUUACUAGGCAAUUCUAAGAAAGAAAAUAUUGAUUACGAUUCUCAAAAAGACAAAAUUCAAGUCGACAUUUCGUUGGGAGAUCGUCAAGUCGUAGUACAGCGCCAUGUUCCUGAAUAUACUACUGGUUACCUCUUCAGUUAUAUUGGAGGUCUGAUGGGUUGCUGGCUGGGAGUCUCGAUAUGGGCUUUCGCUGGAAUAGCAGAAAAUAUUUUUCUAAGAGCGAUUCAAUGGAUGGAGCAUAUCAAACGACAUUUUAAAGAAUCUUUUGCGGAACAACCUACUGUUUUUUCAAUCCGCCAGAACAAUGGGCUCAUUAUUAAAGAUUCGUGAUUUUUUUUGAUACAGAUAUAUUUUUUAUCAAUAAAAAAGU